UAAGCCCACUGGACUCUUUCAUGGCCGAAAAUGGGGAACUGGGCUUGAGCGCUCCUCGAGGACCCGACCGGUAAUUACACCCCGGGCCACGAGGUCGAAGUGGUCCACUAGAUUGAUUUUGUCCGAAGCGCUCUCUGACUUUUAGAACGCUGUUUUGGGUCCUCACCGUUCGAACUCUUGCGAGUUUGGAAUGGGAGGAAGCAGCGAUUCGAACGUUGUCGCCCCGAGGUUGAAGAGGGAGGACUGCCCACGAACCAAACACGGCUCUGCGUUCUCCACUUGGAAGGUGCUCGUAGGACCUACUGAUUGGGAAGAUUACUCAUUGGGGAAGGAAGGUGCCACCAGGUACAGGGUCCAUAAUCUCCCGAAAAGCCCCGGGCCUGGGAUAUACGAGCUUGGUGUAGCCGCUUCUCGCGCCAAAUCGGGGCGUGCGAUCGCCAAGCUCGACCCGGGAUUUGUGGUUGUGGUUUACCUUGGACAGGCGGACUGUGUCAAGACCAGGCUCCAGCAAUACGGUCGGUCAGGUGCUCACUUGGGCAAGUGCUCGUCAGCUGCUUGUGAAAUUGACUGCAAGACAUCCUCUCCCACCAAACAGCUUGGAUUGUUUGAGGAAAUAUUGUCAAGAGGCUACCCCAUUGUGUUCCGAUGGGCUUCGCUGAACAACAAGGGAGAUGCUCAAAGAGCAGAACUAUCGCUUCUGAACACAUUUGAUUAUGCAUGGAACAAAGGCGGUAAUGGUUCACGGCGGCCCGGUGAUAUUUUUCAGAAACUUGAUGAAAUCGCUUCAAGCACAUACCACAUUUCCAGCAUUGCAACGAAGCUUCUCCCUUUCCGUCCCAGGCAAGUGGGCAUCAGAAUCAAAGGAAAGCUGCUUCCAGAGCAGAAAGAUUCCUUCCCCCAAACUGGAGGAGAAAGCAGCUAUUUCUCUAACGGGAUUUUCAAGUUCAGCAAAUCACGGCCAAGACUAGUUAUAAAAGAAUCCCAUGCUAAUGACGCUGCGAUUUCCGGUACCUCCCCAGCUAAUGAGAGCUUCUCUCCUUUAUGUGGGGUCAUCUUGGACGAUGGCUUUCCCUGUACAAAACCACCAGUACAAGGGAGGAAAAGAUGUAGCGACCAUAAAGGGAUGAGGAUUCAAGCGUCAAAUUCUGUAUCAAGCAGAAAAGGAGCAUCCAAUGACAUUCACGAUAAGCUGACAAUGACGUUGCGGGAUCAUACGGCCGAGAUACAAGAACUGGGAAACACGGUAGAAGUUUUCCCACGGCAGGCGAACGUCAAAAACGACCACGGUACCAUAUGUGGAGUGGAUUUCGGCGAUGGCAAUUUCUGCACAAGGAGACCUGCUCGAGGAAGAGUUCGGUGCGAGCAACACAAAGGGAUGAGGGUAAACCAGGCGAAAAAGAAACAUGUCGGCAGCUGAAGACGAAUGCAAAAUUCUGCGAGUCAUUGAACUAUAACAUACAGGACAGAUAAUGGCACCGGGAAAAUUUUACCGACAGCUUGCUUCUGUUGACGGAGCGGAACGAAUGUAAUGGUCUCAUGGUACCGGGAAACUAACAUAAGGAAGAACAGACACAGAGUACUUAACAUAAGGAAGAACAGACUCACAAAGUACUUCCCUUCUGUUUUAUUCGGAGAGCUUAGUACUGUAGUAGUUCCAAGUGCGAGGAAUCUGGUUUAAGUAAGCUGCGCAUUUUCUGUUGACUCUUUCUAACAUUCUGGUGCAUGAUUACAGUGUAUCUUAGAUAUUGGUUCUCAUACAUAGCUCUUCUAGAUUAGCUGCACACAUUGGGGAUCAGAAAUGUGCGUGUCAUUUAUCAGAACAGAUGUACAACUUCUGAAUGAUUUAUAUAUUAUGCUGAUUGUCGUGACCA